CCCGUUUUAAAUACCCAAGGUCCCCUGUUGAUUGUGAAGUGCGCUUUUAUCAAGAGACACCUUUGAAAGGAGAACAGGGAGGUUUCAAGCUGAGUCUGUUUGCACAUCUCCACCGUCAGAGCUACCAGUUAACGAGUGCCCACGGCGAUUGCGGUUCUCUAUAUUAGCCGACAUAUAUAAUACCCCUCUCCCUAGAGAACAACGAAGAGGCCAGUGCUGUUGUAAAACGAGUCCUGUGAAUCCCUCUCCGAUCGUUUUGCUGAUUUGACAAAGAUACACCUUUCUAGCCACUCCGGUCCUACACACACAUCGUGACACAAGCCAGGAUGCCAGAGAGCCAGCCUUCAACCAGUUUCAUGAACUUCCAUUUCGAGAAGAAGCCCGGCGCUGCGUCUCCCCCGUUGGGCAGUUGCUCCCGUGCCCAGUCGCACGGGGUUGAUCCUACAGAGACACCAACCAUCGACACCAACGACCCUGACGACAUGUACCCACCGGAGUCGUUCCAGUCGCCUAUAGAGUCGCCACCAGAGUCGUCGCUGAUCUUUGAGAGAUCCGUCGAGGACCCGAGCCAGAUAUACCAGCAGACCACUUGUCCAAGAUGCGGACACAAGUCGUCCCAAGGUGGGCUAAGCUGCACCCACCACAGUAUCGUGAACCUACCAUCACACUACUCGGUGGAGAACUUUGUCUCUCCGUGCCUGGACGCCACCACACAGAUCCUGACUGACCAGAACGCCGACUUGGAGAACGUUGAUAUGGUGUACUCUCGCCGCCCUUCCUCAGUGCUGGGGCUGAACAUGGCGCUUGGCAGAUCCAGAAGCUAUGUUGGUGAGCUUCCACAGGCAGAAGUUUCGUCGCCGUCAAAGUCUGGUCCAGUAAAGAUACAUUCAGCUGCCGAUCUACAAGAACUGCCAGAACGUCCGCCAGCUCUGAGCUUUUACUCAUAUGCUGACAUGAUUGAGUCCGAGAACCCGAACCCUCGUCGCCCAUCGCUGUCGCAGUCCCUGAGCUCGUCAUUCUUGAACUCACGCUCGAACUCCAUCGCUGUGGGCAACUCGAUAACACCACAGCGUACACCAAUGAACUUGCGCAACCACAGCUUCUCGUCUCCUUUCAACUUCUCAAAGAGCAGACAGGGAGCCAACGCAAGCUCUACACAGAUCUCGAAGAAGUUCACGCUUAAUUCAGACACCUCUCCCGGCUCCUCAGACUCCGAGAGUGAUUAUGUCCACUCCCGCAAGAAUUCUAUGAGCUCAAGAGCCUCAAAGUUCUCACACAGAUUGAAAAAGACGUUAUCAACAGCGUCGAAUCUACAAAGAACUGACACGAGAGCCUCAAACCAAGACGAUGUCAAUUCGGUCAUCAGUGAAGGUGAUAGCCUUGUUAUAAGCUCCGUGGGCGAGACCAUAAGAAGAAACACUGGUGAAAUUAGAUCUGGAGUUGUUGUUUAAGCGCUCUAAUCGGGUGUUCCUUCUUAUGCUUAAGAGCUUGGACUUCUAUCUUUCUCUCACCUCUUGAUACUUCUUACCCCUUUCCUUUCUCCCUUUUACUGUUUUGUUUUGUCUUUUGUUUCCUAUCGGUAUUAUUGGUUAUAUGGAUCUUCACUGUCCAAUGUGGAUUCAUGGUUUAGAUCAACGGAGUGUAAUAUGUUGAUCUUGAUCGGUACAUUUCUAGUGUUUAUAUGGCGAAUUAUUAUUUUUAUUAUUGUUACUACCUUUGAAUUCUUGUAGGUGCCUCUAAUCAUGAACUAU